AUGAAUCAGACGAUGAAUCUGACGAUCAAUCAGACGAUCAAUCAGACGAUGAAUCAGAACGUCCAGACGAAAGCACCAGAUGUACUUUCCAAAGCACGUGAACUUCGGUACGCCAGGGUGACUGCACAUGCAGGAGGGGCCGCUUCAUCAGUAACUUUGAGAUGUGUCGCUCUUGAGAACGACGAGUUCCUGCCACCAGAAGACGGAUGGGGAAAGAAGCUCGAGUCAUCGGAUGGAUCUGAGGCCACGUCGUAUGCUAGAUCUCCUUUCAAUGAAGCAAACGGCGAUGCAAAGGAGAAUCUUCACCAAGAUCAAGAAGUACACCCAACUGAUACAGAAAUGGCACAGUCAUCCUUCAAAGAUCCCACAUACUAUAUCCACAGGAGGAUCAGUGAUGAUGAGAGACUUUAUCUACUAAAGAAUAAAUGGAUACCACCUCUUUUGUUCAAAUUUCCCACUAGAAAUGGCAGGAAAUACAACUGUCGAUGGGAAGAAGAUUAUAGUUGGCUUCGAUACUCUUCUAGUAAAGAUGCUGCUUUCUGUUCUUUUUGUGUACUGUUUGCUGAGCAAUCAACUGCCACUCAAACCACUGCACGUUGUGGAUUCAAUGCAGGUUCCUUCCAUUCAUCAGGUUUUCAUGAUUGGAAGAACGCUACUGGGCUGAAACGUAGCGCAAUACGUUCACAUGAGUGCAGUGAAAUGCACAAGAACUCAGCAGCAAAGGCUCGAUCUUUGUUGAAUGUUGCUGAAGGCAAGUCCAAGGACAUCCAGUCAUCCAUUUCUACAUCACACGAAGUUGCAAUUCAGAAAAAUCGAGCAAUCAUUUUAUCUGUUAUUGAUUUAGUCAUUGCCCUUGGUCAACGCAAUGUACCAUUUCGGGGUCAUAAUUGGGACAAACAGCAAAGACGAGAAGACGGAAAUUUCGAUUUUUUCCUAAAUUGGAAGUCAACAUUUGACCCUGUACUUCAGGAGCAUCUGUUGCAUGGAAAGAAAAACGCUGUGUACAGGAGCCCAGAUGUACAGAAUGAAAUUAUACAGCUGGCUGGUUUGGAAGUGAGAAAGAAAAUUGUAAAUGAUGCCAAAGUCAGUAAAUGGUUUUCAGUGAUGGCUGACGAAUGCACUGAUGCGGCACAAUUAGAACAAAUGGCAAUAUGCAUUAGAUUUGUAGACGAGACCAGCUACAAAAAGUUUGAAGUAAGAGAGGAGUUUAUAGGGUUUGUCGAGCUUGCUGUUGCCAAUGCUGAAUGUAUUAGUGCAGCUAUUACAGACUAUCUGAAGGAGUGUGACUUAGAUAUUGGAUUGCUCCGUGGCCAGGGCUAUGAUGGAGCCUCCGUAAUGUCUGGAAGGGCCUCAGGUGUGUCUACCAGAAUUCUUCAGCAACAGCCAAGAGCAUUCUACCAACAUUGUCGGUCGCAUAAAUUGAACUUAGUCAUAGCGUCUUCGUGCAAACAAGUACCACAAAUUAGAGAUAUGUUUGAUUCUGUAGGAGCUUUGACCUGGUUUCUUGGAGGAAGUCCAAAGCGGAAGAGCAUUCUUAGUCGAUACUUGAAAAUUGACGAUAUAUCUGAGUAUCUUACAGCAGAAUUUGAUGAAGAGAAUGUAACCACUGCUGAGCCACAACUCAGCGAUGUCCUUGUUCAGAAGUCAGCAAAGAAGCAACUGCCUGUACUAUGUCAAACCAGAUGGUCUGCUAGACUAGCAACACUAUCAAGCAUGCUUGCUAAAUACAAAGCAAUAUGUCAUGCUCUGGAAGACAUUGCUAUCGAGAGUUCGAGUUCUGAUUCAAGGACUCAGGCUACAUCUUACAGCAGACUUCUACAUUCUUCCCAGUUUAUUGUUUCACUUGUGGUGGCUCAGUUUAUACUCAGUUUCUGUGACCCGCUGACGAUGGUUUUGCAAAAGCCCAACUGUGAUGUACUAAAGGCAUUUAGAAAGGCAAAGCUCUUGAGGUCAACAAUUGCAGCACAACGAAAUGAACAGCAGUUUGGGCAAGUGUGGAGGAAGGCCAAAGCAAUCGCUGAAGAGCUCCAAACUGAGAUUAGGAUGCCUAGGAUGACUGCCAGAAGUAAACACAGGAGUAAUGCUGGAGUGGGUACAUUAGAAAGUGAGUGCCCUGCAGCUUACUUUAGAAGAAAUGUGUUCUACACUUUUAUAGACCACACGGUAACGCAACUUGAAGAACGCUUUCCAAAUUCUUCAGAGGGGAUGUUUCUUGGGUUUAGUCUUCUUCCUAAUUUUGUGCUUGACUUAGCAACUGACGACAAAGAAGCUAUCACAAGAUUUUUCAGUCCAGACUUGCCGAAACCAGAAACUUUCGAUACUGAGAUACUCAUUUGGAAGAGCGAAUGCUCAGAAGUUCCAAGAGCGGAACGGCUAAAUGCCACAUUACUUGACACGCUGCAAUUAGCGGAUAAAGACUUUUACCCGAACGUGCAUGCGAUACUCAAGCUAUUGUUGACUCUACCAGUAGGGUCAGUAUCUUGCGAGAGGUCGUUUUCGAAGAUGAGAAGGCUUAAACAUUGGUCAAGAACCACUAUGGGAGAGAAUAGGCUAAAUGGGUUAGCUCUCAUGUUUGUCCACAAGGAUAUGAAAAUUAGCAGAGAAAAUGUUCUGCAAAGAUUUGAUUCCACGAGACAUAGAAGGAUUGGACAGCUUCAUCUGCCAACUGCUAACUAA